CACCUUCAGAUGUUUUGUUUGGCCAGUUUAACAAUGAAAAGAAAAAAAAAGACACAACUUCACACAUUGGAACCAGGGAGUGGUUGGCAUUCGUAAAUGACUUGAACAGUUCAAUGUAGUUGUAGAUGACUUGUCUGUCUAUCAACUAAUUUAUUACUUUACUCAUUGUCUCAGAUGUCAAAUCUGCAGAUCAAGAGGUCCACUCACUAAGAUGGUUUCUGGCAUAUACUUAUUUUAUUCUAUAGAUUCUUCUACUUCCAUUUUAAAUGUUUUCAACCUGUUUAGUGUUUCCCUUCCCCCUACCUACCAAGCAGCACUAUGUGUAAAGUUUUACCGUUAUCAUAUUGCUCCUGGUGAUAUCACUGGUGCCUGAAUGUGUGAGUGCUUGGGACUGUGAAUGGCCAAAUAGUGUGAAAGCGAUUUGAGUGUGCUGCAAUGCAUAGAAAAGUGCUAUACAAGUAUAAGAGCAUUUACCAAAUGUAUUACCUCACUUUUAUUAUGCUGCUGUGUGAUUUGCAUACUACUGAUGUGAGAGGUUUUCCCUGUCUAAGAUGUAUUUUUUUCAGGCACUGCAAAUUUGUUGUCAGUUGUUUUUUUUUUUAGAUGUGAGCUGUGGGUUUCACAUACUGAAAUUAAAACUCCUGGUGGCAGAAUACAAAUAAUAAAAUCACAUAGUGACCUCAUUAACCCCGUGCACAUGCUCCUAAAACCACGGGGACAGACGCCUUUGAUGACGUUUGUCCCUAUGAAUUAUAAACGAGACUGAUUUUGCAUAUCACAGCUGUAACAAAAGCUGACACUUGACACGCUUCUUUGAGGCGGUUCUGUCACCACAUGGCGGGAAGGAUUUUGUUUCCAAGUAGAAAAGAGGCGACUGAUCCACAGGUUUUGUUGUUGGUUUAACAAUAUCUGCAAAAGCAUCUUUUUAGUCGAGCGCACACACGGAAUUCAUACUCUACAAUCUGCUCAUUUGCUGAAGAGAGAGCGUUGAUUUACAAGCUGGUGCGCGUUGUCUUCAGCACCAUGGAGAGCAACACCCCCCCUCAUAAGAAGAAUAAGGCGCGCGCGCACACACACACACACACAAAGGACCAAUCAAAUAAUCUGUUUUGCUUCGUCGCUUUUGGCCAGUGCAUAUUUUUACAUGCACAGUACAGCCGCCUUCAGUUUUCUACAUAAACAAUUACAUCAGCUCCAUGAAACACUUACUGAUGGCAUUACUUGGUCUUCGUCAAAAGAGUUCAACACAAACGUUGCCAGACAUUAAUGCCGACAAAACCACAAUUGCCUCCUUGAGAAAUGGAAACUGUAAAUGUCCACGUUGAGGGUUCAUAUGAGUCGUACAUGAUUUCCCAGGGAACGAAUCCAACUUGCUUCAAACAGGUGUGGACGUGGAUGGUUCAUCAAGUGUUUUUAUGUUUUUGUUCCAUAACAUUUCAAUAGAGCACGUGCGCUUAGCUUGAACUGUGAAGUUAAGUCCCGACUGGGUGGGUGGUGACACACGUAUGUCACACACAUCCGCGGCGCGUCCGCUGGUGUCGACGUGUUUGGGGGAAAAAAGGGCAAAGCGGAGUGCAGCGCUUCAGUGUGUGGAUAGGCUACGCAGAGAUGGUUAUGAGAGAUUCAUGUAGCGUCUGCCUCAGCUCUCCAAGGUUGUGAGCCUUGGCUGGGAGAGGCGUGGCGCACUCUGCCCCUCCAGACUGAAAACCACCUGUAUGGAUCACCAGUCGUCCAGUGUGAUUCAGCCGACCUCGUCCCCCAGGUACAGGGGCAGUCACGCGACUGACAGCCAAGGUGAUGCCGAGGUGGCGAAAGGCACAAUGACGGUGGAAAACGUGCUGGAGGAGUCCGCCGUGCUCUCGGCGCCUCACCUGUCGACGGAUCGAUAUGAGCGCGGCCGCCAGGGAUGCUGCGAGAGGGUGGUGAUCAACAUUUCGGGCUUACGCUUCGAAACGCAACUUAAAACUUUCAACCAGUUUCCAGACACGCUAUUGGGAGACCCCAGGAAAAGGAUGCGCUACUUUGACCCACUGAGGAACGAAUACUUCUUUGACAGGAACAGACCGAGCUUUGAUGCCAUCCUGUACUACUACCAGUCAGGGGGGCGUAUACGGAGACCUGUCAAUGUCCCAAUUGAUAUCUUCAGCGAGGAGAUUAGGUUUUAUCAAUUGGGAGAGGAGGCCAUGGAGAAAUUCCGAGAGGAUGAAGGAUUUAUAAAAGAAGAGGAGCGCGUAUUGCCCAAAAAUGGUUUCCAAAAGCAGGUUUGGCUUUUGUUUGAGUAUCCUGAAAGCUCCGGGCCAGCCAGAGGGAUAGCAAUAGUUUCAGUGCUCGUUAUUUUGAUUUCCAUCGUUAUUUUCUGCAUGGAGACUCUACCGGAAUUUCGGGAUGAGAGAGAGCAAGCAACAGUGGCACCCGCAGUAAAUGGCACUGCUCCUUAUGUGCCAAGCCCGUUCACGGACCCCUUCUUUGUAAUUGAGACUUUGUGUAUCAUAUGGUUCUCUUUUGAGUUGCUGGUCAGGUUUUUCGGCUGCCCCAGCAAAACUUCAUUCUCCAAAAAUAUUAUGAAUAUCAUUGACAUCGUCGCCAUAAUCCCCUACUUUAUCACUUUGGGGACAGAGCUGGCCGAGAGGCAAACAAAUAGCGGACAACAGGCGAUGUCUCUCGCCAUCCUAAGGGUGAUCAGACUAGUGAGAGUCUUCCGCAUUUUCAAGCUCUCACGACACUCAAAGGGACUUCAGAUUUUGGGGCAGACCCUAAAGGCCAGCAUGAGGGAGCUCGGUUUGCUCAUAUUUUUCCUUUUCAUCGGAGUUAUUCUCUUCUCCAGCGCGGUUUACUUUGCGGAAGCGGACGAUCCCUCGUCCAGCUUCAGCAGCAUCCCAGAUGCGUUUUGGUGGGCAGUUGUCACCAUGACCACAGUCGGAUAUGGAGACAUGCAUCCGGUGACAAUUGGUGGGAAAAUAGUGGGGUCGCUGUGCGCAAUAGCAGGCGUGCUGACCAUUGCCUUACCCGUACCAGUGAUUGUGUCCAAUUUCAACUACUUUUACCACAGGGAGACUGAUGGAGAGGAGCAGCCCCAGUACCUGAACACAGGCAGCUGUGAGCACCUCCCCCCGGGGGAGCUGGGGAGGUCGUGCAGCUCAACGUCUCUCACCAAGUCAGAAUACACGGGGAUAGAGGAGGGCAUCAACAGUGCGUUCAAACAGCCCAACUUCAGCACCGAAAAUAACCAAAACUGCGUGAAUAUCAACAAGAUGUUCACGGACGUGUAGAAGUAAACUCACAACGGGCCAUUUAUGGAGCACGAAGAACUAGUAGCUAUAAUAUUUUUAUAUAUCCAAUCGUAAUGUGUACGUCCAUAUUUGUGAAUAAACGCUGCGUAAAUAUCAGUUUUAAAAGGUGAUUUAUCCUUUUUAAUGAGACGAUUCCUUGUUACCAGUGUGCACUGUUUUGAACAUUUCCAAGAGAUCAGUGAGUAGCCUAUUAAUGACCUAAACAUUGUAUUGGGAAAGUAUUCAUUUCUGUUUUAAUGAGCAAAUUGGUGGCUUGUUAAAACAUAUUUUGCAGUGUAUAGUGCCACGAUGCCUACAUAUCUCGAUGUUAUAAUGCAGACUUUGUUGGUGUUAUACACGUGUAGCAUAUAGUCCACUAUAUUGCAUCUACAGCAAAAAUCGACGUCUUGUGCUUAAAGAAAAGUUUCAUUGUCCAGUAAUGUAAUAAAUAGACAUGGUAAUUAAUACAGCCAGAUGCCUGUUGAGGUUAUAUUCAAUAUCAUAACCCUGUUAGAUGUUGGACUUUGAGUCUUGUUCACAUUAUUAUUCAGGUAAUAAACUGCAGAGUGGUGUAGAUGGCAACGUUCAUCAUUCAUUAUAUACAAGUCGAGGUUUUUAGGAUUUCCGGUAGAGUCUGCAGCCUGUUAAAUAAAACGGAAAUUAUUCUCUAAACUCAAAAUGUCAUAUUUGGAUAGGUAUCCGGUAUCAGAUCAAAUUUCAUGGAAUGCAACAGUGAGUAAUUGUGUUUUAAGGUCGCACAAGACAGGAUGAAAACAACGUGGAUGGGGAACGUGCGGCACGUCCCGCCUCCUGCCGCCGAGCCCGCAGUCUCCAUGACGACAGUGGUUUCCUGGGCAACCCCCUGCAGUGUUACCAUGGCAUUGUGUUGCAUUUUCACAGACUUAACUUUGGUACAUUAUCACCUUAUUGCCCUUGGAACGGGGAAGUGAUCAACAACUGUAGAUGUAUGAUUUUUUUUUUUUAUCAUCUUAAGUAACAUCUGGAGUUUCGUCACUUUUCUUUAUACAGUAGGUGUUUAAAUCAACACCAAUCAGUAAUAUGCGUCCUUUAGGAGAAGUUAACAGCCUGUAGCUUCAGGGAGUGCGUUGGUGGAUAUGUAGAAAUGUGAAUAUGAUGAAAAGCUGCUUUGUCUCCCUUCAAUAAAACCCCAGCUGCUCCGUUUUUCAGAUGUGAGCUCCAUUCUCUGAGUUGGCAUGCCAACUGGGUCUGACGUCAGACACCUUACAUCCCCUCCUGCAGACACUUGCACGUGUGCUUUUCGUACAAAGUGCAAACAAAGUCCACUAAAAAUUAAUUACAGGGCUGGAUGUCCUCGUGCAUCCAUCAUUUUGUUGUGCAAUAUAUAUGAGAAUUUCUCGAAAUUAUAAAUUUGGCAUCAUCAUUUUUAUGGCUGCAGCAAAUUGCUGUUUUUCAUUAUCAGUUAAGAUGUUGGGUAUUUUCUAGAAUAAUUAGCUAAUCAAUACUUUAAUGAUAAAGGCCUGUAUUUAUU